AUGGUCCAGAUUAGCGAAGUCAAGGGCAACAACCGCGAGAACCGCACUGCCGCGCAUACACAUAUCAAAGGCCUCGGUCUCAAGUCAGAUGGCACUGCCGAGAAGCAGGCCGGCGGCUUCGUCGGCCAGGUUGGCGCAAGAGAAGCUGCCGGUGUGGUUGUCGAUCUGAUCCGGGCCCAGAAGAUGGCCGGACGUGGUGUCCUGCUCGCCGGAGGACCUGGCACUGGCAAGACUGCCCUUGCCCUUGCUCUCAGCCACGAACUCGGAACCAAGAUCCCAUUCUGCCCCAUUGUAGGCAGCGAAAUCUAUUCGACCGAGGUGAAGAAGACGGAGAUCUUGAUGGAGAACUUCAGAAGAGCCAUUGGCCUGAAGGUGCGGGAAACCAAGGAGGUUUAUGAGGGAGAAGUGACGGAGCUCACCCCCGAGGAGGCCGAGAACCCGUUAGGAGGAUACGGCAAGACGAUCAGCACGCUGUUGAUCGGACUCAAGAGCGCAAAGGGCCAGAAGAAGCUCCGACUGGAUCCUAGCAUUUACGAGGCCAUUCAGAAGGAAAGAGUCACAGUGGGAGACGUCAUUUACAUUGAGGCCAACACGGGUGCUUGCAAGCGAGUGGGAAGGUCGGAUGCCUACGCCACCGAGUUUGACUUGGAAGCUGAGGAGUACGUCCCCAUUCCCAAGGGCGAGGUUCACAAGAAGAAGGAGAUUGUACAAGAUGUCACCCUGCACGAUCUCGAUGUUGCCAAUGCUCGUCCCCAAGGAGGCCAGGAUAUCAUGAGCAUGAUGGGCCAGCUCAUGAAGCCCAAGGCGACCGAGAUCACGGACAAGCUGCGAGGCGAGAUCAACAAGGUUGUCAGCAAAUACAUCGAUCAGGGUGUGGCAGAGCUCGUUCCCGGUGUUCUGUUCAUCGAUGAGGCUCACAUGUUGGAUAUCGAGUGCUUCACUUACUUGAACAAAGCGCUUGAGACCUCCAUUUCGCCGAUUGUGGUUCUGGCAUCAAACCGAGGCAUGUGCACAAUCCGCGGAACGGAUGGCACUAUUGCUGCUCAUGGCAUUCCUCCGGAUUUCCUGGCGCGCCUGCUUAUUAUUCCCACCACACCUUACGAUGCCGACGAGAUCAAGAGAAUUGUGCGCAUUCGGUCGACAACGGAGGGUGUUGCCAUUAGCGAUGCUGCAAUCGACAAGAUCGCCGAGCACGGUGUCCGAAUCAGUCUGAGAUAUUGCCUGCAAUUGUUGACUCCUGCAAGUAUUCUUGCUCGUGUCAAUGGCCGCAGUCAAAUCGACAUCAAGGAUGUUGCCGAGUGCGAGGAAUUAUUCCUCGACGCACGGCGCAGCGCAAGUCUUUUGAGCGGCGAGACUGGCAAGGGCUAUCUUACAUAA